AUGGUUUUUGAGCUGAAUGAUGAAAAACUUUCUAUCACAUCAGUGUACAUGAGUCCUGCCUCAAACGAGCGUCGCUCGCUAUGGAAUAAUCUACAGCGGCUUGACCCAGGUAACAAUUACUCUUGGUUUAUCGGUGGUGAUUUUAACAGCACUCUAUUGUAUAAUGAACGCAGGUCAAAUGCCUUACGCACCACCCCCAUUGAUCGCGAGUUUAACAAUUGGGUGGAAGAAUUGGAGCUAGUUGACUUGGGUUGCUCUGGGCCAUUUUUCACGUGGAAGAGAGAGGGGUGCGAAAGUAGAAUUGACCGCGUCCUUUCCGACACAAAAGCCAAGUCCUACUACCUAGACGCUGUGGUGAAGAACCUACCAUGGUUCAAAUCUGACCAUCGACCAAUACUCUUCCAGCUUAGACCAGGUAUGUCUUCUCGCCCCAGUUCUAAUCACCCGUUUCGCUUUAACGCUCCCUGGGUGCUCCAUGAUGAUUUUAGCAGAUUAGUGAAAGCGUAA